AUGAGGUCGACAUUACCCUCUGCUCGUAGCGAAAUUGCUCAGGCGCGCAAGGAGUUUUGGAUAGCCCCCAGAGGGCACCUUGCCAUCAAUCGUCUCAAACCCACGGAGGUUCCGCAGAGUUUGUCCGUAAUUGUGGCGACGAGUGUAGAUGAGGUUCAACCUGUUGCAUUCACUCGGCCUGUUGCAUCCUUAGUUCCCAAUGAUACGAAAAGCACCAGGAUACACGGAAUUGGGGCAAGAGGGGGCUCGGGGAGGCAUGGAGCCAUCCCUCCUCUUUUCAAGGCUCAAAUAUACGUUUGGAAAGACACCACAAUCCGGGAAAUAUUCGAAGAGGUUCUACGGUCGACUCCAGCUGCAGCACUAGUUUUGUUGCCGCCGUCUUCUAGGAAGUCAGGGGAGAUUACAUCCCAUACUAAUGAUGAUGUGAGCCCUGAUGUCUCCGCGGAGGACCGGACUCACAAAUGCGAUAGUUAUAAGCUGAAUGGUCGCGAUGGUACUGAGGACAGGAGGUACGGCGAUGAGGCAAAUGGCGAACAUCCGGCUAAACGCGUGUGCACGGAAGCGCAAAGAGGUAAUAUGGAAAUGGGAACACAUAAGGGAGGCACUGCAUCAUUUUCUGCCGGUCAACAUAGUGAAAGCGGCCGUCGGCCUGCCGCACCCGCUGCAAAAGUGUGUGUUUUUCAUGUCUACGCAAACGUUGACAGAAGGGUGCAGGUGCAGAGCAUGACGGUUCUGCGCACAGAUAAGCCCUCCUUUCACACGGGAGAUUUCUUAACAAUGAAGGAACUCCGUACAACUCGUGGCGCUGAGAGGGGUUGGAGAUCAGGUGAUUUGCUAGUAUUUGCGCCUUCCGUACAGCAUUACUGCCCGCCGUAA